GCAGUCGCUUUCUGACUUCAGGCAGUCGUCCAGUCGUGCCGGACGGUCAUCUGUGGUGACGCACGUUUUUUAACGCAGAUAAAAGAAAUAUACUGAAACACACUGGUGUUCCCAAAUGGCUAUGCUGGUGAAGGAUGUACAUCUACCCACAUCACCAGCACAAGAACUUAAUUUGCCAAAGCACAAGGAGUACUUGGCAAGCUAUGGGACUAAAAAAGAUGAUUAUGAGUACUGCAUCACAGAGCAUCUGCGAAUGAGCGGUAUCUACUGGGGCCUGACAGCCAUGGACCUAAUGGGUGCCCUGGACUCCUUUGAUAGGGCAGAGAUAAUUGAGUUUGUGAAACAGUGCCAGUAUUCCUGUGGGGGCUUUGGGGCCAGCAUUCAUCAUGACCCUCAUCUCCUGUACACAUUGAGUGCUGUUCAGAUAUUAUCGACGUUUGAUGCCCUAGAUACAAUUGACAUUGAAAAAACCGUAAGCUAUGUCAAGGAACUUCAGCAGGAAGAUGGCAGUUUUUAUGGUGACAAAUGGGGUGAAGUUGACACUAGGUUUUCUUUCUGUGCUGUAGCAUGUCUAGCACUUCUGAACAAGCUACAUUCUAUCAACAUAGAAAAGGCAGUUGAAUUUGUGGUGUCCUGCAUGAACUUCGACGGUGGUUUUGGCUGCAGGCCAGGCUCAGAAACACAUUCAGGCCAGAUAUAUUGCUGCCUUGGAACCCUGUCCAUACUUGGUCGGCUUCACCAUAUUAAUGCAGACCUUCUUGGUUGGUGGUUAUGUGAAAGGCAACUUCCAUCUGGAGGUCUCAAUGGUCGGCCUGAGAAGCUCCCAGAUGUGUGCUACUCAUGGUGGGUGCUUGCCUCGCUGAAGAUCAUCGGCAGGCUGCACUGGAUAGACAAGGAGAAGCUUCAGAACUUCAUACUUGCAUCUCAGGAUGAAGAAACUGGUGGCUUUGGAGACCGACCGGGAGACAUGGUGGACCCAUUCCAUACAUUGUUCGGCUUGGCGGGUCUGUCGUUGCUAGGAGAUGAGAGACUCAAGCCUGUGAACCCAGUCUUCUGCAUGUCCGAAGAGGUUGUAGCGAGGCUGGGUGUGAGACACCAAUUAUUAUCCUUGUGAUAUGGCUGCAGUUGCUCGAGUUACCAAGUCAUUUUUAGAUUUCGUUGUAGUAAGUCAUUCAUAUUCACCUUGCUGUUACAAGCAGCUGUUUAUUGUUAGGGCCUAAUGGGAAGAAUGCAUUACCUAAUGCAUUACCUAUUGGGCGAAGAAAGUUAAUAUGGUUGUUGUACUGAUGGACGAAGUUUUCUCUUCUGGCAGAAAUCGCAGACUGCUGCCCGUUGCUGUAUUAGGGCAAUUUAGAUUUGAUUUAUUGUCCCUAUCAUUUUUAUUAUGUUAGUAGAAAGUUACCUGUCAUUUGCUAAGAAAUGGUAUCUUAUUAUGUGCAUGCUGUCUUGCAAUUGUUCUUUGCUCCAACUGUUAGAACAUUACUUGUUCACAGAAUUAGAAUGUGGUACAAUGUUUAUUGAACCAAGGUGAAAGCAUUGCAAGCUUUCGCACGAUUUAACAGAGAAGCUUUCUUUUGGUGCUUGCAUCAGAAGUACACCUUCUAUAACUACAGCAUUGCAUCUUUCAGUGACAAAAUAUUUGAUAUACUGAAAGCAUUUGUAAUGUCUUGCCAUGUUGGCAAGUAAUAUAUUGUGUCUGAAGGUAAUUAAAUACUACAAGAAUUAAAUUGGAAUAUGGAAAUGCUCUCAAAUUUGAACUGUGUACUCUUUUUGUGCUUCUAUAGCUGGAAUCAGUCCGAGCACAAUAAGAAAAAAAAAGAAAAAUUUGGAGGACAAUUAAGCUUCGCCUUUAAGAGUGGAGCAUGAUAGCAUUAAAAGAUCCUCGACUGCUCAAGCUUCCCGGCAACUGCAGCUUAUGUAACCGUAAUGUUUUCCUGGAAUUGCUGGCGGUGAACGCUAUGCACAAAGGCACGCUUUUUGGUUCUUUUUUUUGUUUCCCAUGGCGGGUGUCGUGUAUGCUCAGAGGCUAGAACAAUCUGGAUGGUGUUGCAAGAAACUGAGCGGGGUGCGCCACUCCUACUAAGACAGACGUCAAAUGGCAGCUGGAAAAGGGGUUUGUGUUUGAGUUUCCACGUAACAGAAUGAUAUUUUCUCGUAUGUUCAAAUUACAGUCCGAUGCUAUCAUAUCAUUCUACUUAAAUUGUGGAUGACGCAGCGAGCUAACGAACGAGCUAUGGAAAGAAGAAUGAUGGGUGUAACAUUAAGGGAUAGGAAAAGAGCAGAUUGGGGUGAGGGGAACAAACGUGAGUUAAUGACAUCUUAGUCGAAAUCGAGAAAAAGAAAUGGGUAUGGGCAGGACAUGUAAUGAGAAGAGAAGAUAGCCGAUGGUCAUUAAGGGUUACGGACUGGAUUCCAAGGAAAGGGAAGCGUCGCAGAGGGCGGCAGAAAGUUAGGUGGGCGGAUGAGAUUAAGAAGUUUGCAGGGACAACAUGGCCGCAAUUAGUACAUGACCGAGGUAGUUGGAGAAGUGUGGGAGAGGCCUUUGCCCUGCAGUGGGCGUAACCAGGCUGAUGGUGCUAUCAUGUCUGGAGGUUGUGUGUAAGUUGUGCUUUACGAAUUUUCUGACGCAUUUUACUUUGAGAAGUUUAAUUAGUUCAGUAAUGCCUAUGCGCCACCUGGAGGGCCUGCGGAGUUCAGGAGCAUUUUCUCAUACGGACAUUCUCACCGCCGACACAGAUGCUGGAUUUUUUGUGACACGGGGCCCUUAAUGCUAUCGUGUUAAAAAGAAAGAAGAUUUUUUGUUGGUGUCAUUAGACUUGGGUAAAGCUUUGCAGGGACGAAGCCCCUAGCAAUGUUUGUGCUGUCUUAGAUUUUGGUACUCCUGACAAGCUCUUGCAAAUUUUCCAAAUGUUUUCCAUUGAAUUCAAUAUCUUCUUUUUCAGUGGUCAGAAAAUUAAACCUCUAUGUACAUAGCCUCUAUUGAGCCACUACAUUGUCACUCGUCAGCGGUAGCAAGAGUCCUCAGUUCAUGCCUAUGUAACAGCUGUUCAAUGAUAAUUAUCCAGCAACUUUGCAAUUAAAGGGACACUGAAGAUGAUUUUAUACUUUAAUUGCUUUAAAAAAAUGUGAAUCCAGGUUCCCUGCACGUUGUUUAGCUGGUUUUACGCUCGUUUAGGCACAUCUUUCUCAGAAAACGCUGCUUUAAAUAUAGCUCGUCUGUAUUUCCCAUGCUCCCGAUAAUGUCUCUUCUAAUCCUGCAAAUCGAAGGUUUGGAUCCCAGCAGGACAGUGCAUUAUUUAACUACCAUAUUUACUCUGUUCUAAUGUGGCCUCAAUUGUAAUGUGCAUCGGCUUUUCAUGUCUAAAAAUGAUGAAUGCUCUUGAUUGUUUCCUCACCACUUUUUCAUGGUAAGAGAUCUGUAAUGGUGGUUUGGCCUGAUUUGGAAAAAGGAAUUUUAUUGCAUCCCAUC